GGGGGGAAAUAUUACCGGGAACACCCGGAAGCAUUUGACAGUUUACGAAGCGAUAUUACACGUCCAACGAAAACAAACCUAUCGAAAUUCCACGCAGCACUUUUUCUUUGUGCUUAAAUAAAUACAUUUUAAGCGCAUAGCUAUAUCUAGUAAAAUCGCAGAUCAUCGUCGAGUUGACAAUGGACCAGACAGGCACUAGGACCUGCUUUCGGUUGUUUUUACUGGCCUGUUUCUUGUUUAUUUUUGCAACAGCGCCAGUAACAGAUGCUAAGAAUUCUGAAGACAUCCGAUGUAAAUGCAUUUGUCCGCCGUACAAAGAUGUCCUUGGACAAAUCUACAACCAGAAUGUCUCUCUGAAGGACUGUAAUUGCUUGCAUGUGGUGGAGCCCAUGCCGGUGGCGGGGAAAGAUGUGGAGGCCUAUUGUUUGAGAUGCGAGUGCAAGUAUGAGGAAAGGAGUUCUGGCACGAUUAAAGUCACCAUCAUCAUUUACCUGUCCGUCCUGGGUCUGCUGCUCCUCUAUAUGGUGUAUCUGACCCUGCUGGAGCCGGUUCUGAAGAGGCGGCUCUUUGGGCACUCGCAGCUCAUUCAGAGCGACGACGAUGCUGGGGACCAGCAGCCCUUCGCCAACGCCCACGAUGUGCUGUCCCGCUCCCGGGCACGACCCAACGUGCUGAACAAGGUGGAGCACGCGCAGCAGCGCUGGAGGAGACAAGUACAGGAGCAGCGCAAGUCCGUCUUCGACCGGCACGUGGUGCUCAGCUAGGCUACGCCGGCUGGAUGGACAGAGGGAGGGGAAUUGCUGCAACACAGUGUCCCAUGCCCUCUUGUCCCCCCCCCACCCUACUUUCUUUUUGUCAUGUGAAUGCAAAUGAUGAUGGAAACAGCUGGGUCUUUCUAAAUUGCAUGUAGGAAAAGUGAUUGAUUUAUGCGUAAAAUCCGUUCAGUACCGUGGGUGAAGAACUGUUAAAAAGAACAUACAAUAGGUUACAAUAGAUUUUGCUUAGUUUUCCUGCCAUAUGUUGAGUUAAAUGUCUGUCCGUUCUCUACAAGCAAGAAGGUAUCGAGGGGAUAAAACAGAUUUUCAGAUUUGUGAAACUCAAUGCACUAAUUAAUACUGUUGACUGGGGUUCGAAAUAACUGAAACAUUUUGUUCAGUUGCACUUUAUUUUACAAAAAACAAAACUGCAGACUCCUUUUUCUUUAUUAUUGCCCCUAGCUGGAUUUGCAAGCUUUCCAUAGAAGUCUGCUUAUGCCACUGAAAUUAUGACUGGAGAAACGUAUAAUGCGUCUGUUUUUCUGAGUUUCUUUAAAAUCUGUGUUUUUAUGAAAUAUGUUACCUAAUGUAAAACCUUGAUUAAAUGUGGAGUAUUAAAAUGCA